UUCCAACAAAAAGUGAUACGUGAAACACUUUCAUUGGCUCUCCUUCCGCCCCGUCAAACUCUAAACUGGCCAAUCAAGGCAUUUUAGGGGUUUAGCCAACGGCAAAUACCCAAUCGGACAACGCGCUUCAUCUUCUUUAAAAAUUAGCAUAGACGAGCCAAUAAAUACGCCCUUACUGGCAGUGCUCACUAUUCAACAUACUGAGUUAUCGUUGGAAAGAUCAUGCCUGAGCCAGCUAAGUCCGCCCCUAAGAAGGGUUCCAAGAAGGCCGUCACUAAGACCGCCGGUAAGGGAGGAAAGAAGCGCAAGAGGUCCAGGAAAGAGAGCUACGCCAUCUACGUGUACAAAGUCCUGAAGCAGGUUCAUCCCGACACCGGCAUUUCUUCAAAGGCGAUGGGCAUCAUGAACUCUUUCGUCAACGACAUCUUUGAGCGCAUCGCCGGUGAGUCUUCUCGUCUCGCUCACUACAACAAGCGCUCCACCAUCACCUCGAGAGAGAUCCAGACCGCCGUGCGUCUCCUGCUGCCCGGUGAACUCGCCAAACACGCCGUGUCUGAGGGAACAAAGGCCGUCACCAAAUACACGAGCUCCAAGUAAAGCUGAAAGUACCCAAUCUGAACCCAAAGGCUCUUUUAAGAGCCGCCCACUGUUUCUAUAAAAGGGCAUCCAAUGUUUUUGUAAAUUUGUUUGAUUAUAACUGUUUACUAGAACGUGAAACAAUGACUAACAUUGCAUUGUGUUCUGUAGGGACCGUGUUUUUGGACUAUGGUAAGACCAAUGUUAGCGCAUAGUUAUUAUGUUGUGGAGUCAAGGACACCGUGCAAUAGAAAUUAAUUUAAAUGCUUUGAUUUAAACAUUUCUACAUAUAUUAAGUCAUAUUGUUAACAUCAUGCAACAAAUUAAAUUAUCCGAAAAAAUCAAAAGCUUGUUGUUGUCCCAUUAACAUCUAAUGACUCUUUCAUCUUGAAAAUAAAAUGAAAUAUUUAAGCCACUUAACUUUAAAAAAGAAAUGAAAAAUUGUAAAACUUUAAAAUAUUUUAAAAUAAAUAAAAGUCUGUUAAAUUUUCAAUUUUAUGUUAAAAUUUAAAAAUGUUCCUAUAGUAUAGAGCAGUGGGGGCUGCAAGAUGGUGCCGGGGGGCCCCAGUUUUAUGACAUUUUAUGAAAUACAUUUUUAUCAUGAAUUCUGGGUAAUUAAACCUAAAAAAAAAUAAGGCUACUAACCAAAGCACUACUUUUUUGUAUAAUUUAAUGUUUUUUUUUUUAAAUUAAAAUGUUGAGUUUUAGAACAGUUUUUUGUCACAAAUUUUCUUUGACGGGCCACGCAGGAAUGCACUGUACGCAAGGGGGGGCCACACGCUGAAAAAGUUUGGGAACCACUGGUAUAGACUCUAUAGACCCCUUCACGGUUCACGUCACAGGCGGUUCCCACUGCGCAUGUCGGGGUCAGAAAAGUAAUUACAGCAGAUUGAGUUGCGUAUUAUUCGGUAUCGUCAAAAAUGCCUACUUACGUCGUGGGCUUUGAAAAUCGCACCAGGUCUGCCGUUAAGUUUUAGCGAUUCAUGCAGAAUCUCAAAAACAAAAAAAUACAACAUCUGCGGCUGCAAGCAAUUAACGUGCAGACUGGGACAAUUUAAAUAUCAAAGAGGCUUGUGUUUGUAGUGCUCACUUCAUUUGAGGUAAGUCGUAAUUUUUCUGCAAUGUUAGAUUAAAUUAUAAAGCCUGGAUGAUAUGAACAGUUUGACCCCAUGCUGCGCGCGCACCCGAUAGUCAUUCAAUGUUUACAAACCUUGAAGGGGUCUAUAGAGGACUGCAUUGCAGUGAUGGAUUUAGGUUUGAUCCCAAGGAGUCUGCAGGGUCACAAACCUCUUAAAAAAUAGCUAGCACAAGUAUUACAACAUCUGUUGCCCAAGGUGCAUACAUCACAAAUGUAAGAAAAAAGUUAACCUACCGCUAAUAACAGGUCCAGACCCCUUCAGACAAACCCCAAUGAUAAAUUUAGUACAUGGGCUUUUAGAAGGGCCUUCAUAACAGCCAAAGAGUUUGUAGAUCUAACAUGGGGCGAAAGGUCAUUCCACAGUUUUGGGUCGACUCGGGAGAACGCUGAGUCACCUUUUUGUUUUAAUUUGUUCUUACGAUUUGAAGAAGGUUUUGGUUUUCCAACAACAUGGACGUAGACGGAGUAUAGACCGACAGCAUAUUGAAAGGUAUGGGGGUACUAAGUUGCUUUAAAAACAAGAACAAAAAUCUUGUAAUUGACCCUAUACCGAAUUGACAGCAAAUUUACGGAUCUCAAUAAAGGUGUAACACAGUGAUUCUCAAACUUUUUCAGCAUGCGACCCCCCUUGUGUACGGUGCACCCCUUUGUGGGGCCCCAACGAAAAUGUAUGAUAUAAAACAUUCUUUAGCUUAAAAUUUGAAUUAAACAAAAUAUAUUAAAUUAUACAAUAUAGUGCCGUUGGUUAUUAGCCUUAUUUUUCUGAUAUUUAUUUACACAGAAUUUGUAAUAAAUUAAUGUAUUUUAUAAAUUGUUUUAAAACUGGGGCUCCCCUGUCCCCCAGUUUGAGAACCACUGGUGAAACAUGGUCAAAUUUCUGAUUUAAUCAUUCUGGCUGCAGCAUUUUGUAUAUUUUGCAAGCGUGCAAAUGCUUUGCCAAUUCCAAACAUAGAGCGAAUUACAGUAGUCCAUUCUUGAGAAACAACAGCAGAGAUUGCUUUCUUAAAAUCUCUGGCUGAUAAAAAUGUGUUUGUUUUUAAUAAAAGCCGUAAAUAGACAAAGCUAGAUUUAAUCACGGAAUUUAUUUGCUUUUAAUUUCCAUUUUUAAGUCUGCAUAGCCUAGACACUUAUUGAGUAAUAAGAUAGAAAACGAUAAUUUCAGUUUUCUCCUCAUUCAGUUUUGAAAAGUUUGCUGCCAACCAAGCUUUAACAUCAUGUAUUCGUGCUAGUAAUUUGCCUAAGGUAUUCCAGUUUGACUGUAUCAAGUAGUACAUCUAUAAAUCAUCUAGCAGUUUAAAUAUUUGUAUAGAUAUAUCAAUAUUAUUGAUAUAGUGAGGUAAUACCUUAUUCUCGGCAGAGGUUUCCAAACAUUCCCAACUGCAGUACCUCUGUUGACCACUGGGUGGCUACAGUCACGAUACUUUCAUUCAAAAUAAGCACAUGUUUAAAUACUUUUUAAUAUUAUUUUCUUUGAUAAUUCAAAAUAUUGUAUUUAGUCAGAGGUGUAAAGUACAUGAGUCAUUUUACUUGAUUACUGUACUUAAGUAUUAUUCUUGUGUAUUUUUACUUUACUUGAGUACAAUUAAAAAUCAAUGCAUUUACUUUUACAUAAUUGCAUUUUUUUAUUUAUUUUUUUUUAUUUACAGUCAAAAAGUAGGCUACUUCUUAGAGAUCACUUUAUUCUAUUUUCCUUUGCUCUUCCCAAAACAAUUGAAUUGUGCUGAUGGCCAGUUUAAUUUGAAUGUAUUUUAUUCUGGAGCCUUUGGACCGCACUAAGGAAUUGGCCAACAGUUCAUCUGAUGAUGAAGAUUUUUUUGAAACCGUCAACACAUGAAGUGUGACACGUUUCCUGCAAUUUGUAGCCUCUCAAUCAAGACUAGACCUUGUUCACACUGUCAGUCCAAACCUGAUUUUGGUUUAUAUAUCCAAUUUGACAGACUCGCUGUCCAUAUGGUGUAUCACAACUGUUCAGAUCCGAUCGGUGUGUCCUGCGGUUUUCCGGAUUAUCUGCACUGUUUCUAUGGCAAUGACGUCUUGCUGCCACAAUGUCUGAAGUGUUUACGUUUAACGUGAUGCGACAGCAUGAAGUAACCGAAAAGCUACACAAAUGCGAUCAGGGCGGUCAGACUGAAAUGCAUUUCCCGAAAUGCAAUUUAAAAAGGUACUAUCCCUUGAGUAACAUUUUUUAGUACUUUUUACAGCUCUGUAUUUAGUAUAUUGUUAAUCUUUUAAUUUUACUCAAAUUCUUAUUUUUUUAUUCAGAUAUGCAAAUUCCUGAAAAUAAACUCUGAAUCUCUGAAAAGUCAAAGAUUGCAUUUAAUGUUUAAUCUCUUAUAAUUCCACUCUGGCCAUUUUCUUUAUUUUCUUAAUUAUUUUAAUUUUUCCUUCAAGUGUUGAUCCUUCUUUGUUAUUGUUACAAAUGAGUACAUAAUACAGUUUUGUUAGUAUUUUGUAAAAACAAAUAGACUUGAAUUGUUAAAAUACUGUGAAAAUGUGUGCAGACCUGAUUAUAGAAACAAAAGUCAGAACAAUAUUACUUGCACGCGAGAUGUUUCCACCCAAAUCAGGAUCAUCAAAAUUGCAUUGCUUAUUAUGACAAUGGUGCAAAUCUUUUUAAUUUCCAUAAUUCAUUGUUUACUUUAGGAUAUAAGAUGUUUUAAAUUUGACAAAAGCAAACUAUCGCUGAUUGUAAAACUUUACUGAAUAAGAGAAGACAAUAGGAUUUCAACAUGCUGCACCAUAGACAGGUUAAGGUUUCCCACCUCAGAAGUACAAUCAGAUGAGAUGAUUAUCUGUUAAGAAUCAGAUGACAUCCUCUUUCUUGCUUUCUGAGGUGAAACUCCAUUCACCUGCCCUCAUAUAAGGAAGAAAAGGGGAAGUUUUUACUUACAGUGUUUAAAUAAUCAGCAGGUAAGGAAGAUGAAGAUGAUAAUAAACUGACUGAACUUACACACGAGCGGCUCUGGAUUCAUAGACUUAACAGAGAUAGAUCACACCAGGAGUUCUGGAAAAGAAAUGGGUUCAGAUCACGGUAUCAUGGAUCGAGGGUCGUACACUCAGCCCUGGGCUUUCGGCUUGUCUUUGAACCACCAUCAGUAUUCACCAUUCAGCGAUGCGAUAAAAAAUCCACGGAAUUUCCAGGAAUCAGUCUACAGUCCACGGUACAUAGGAUGUUUUUCCUACCUUUC